AUGGUCGCUGAUGACAAACCCGCAUCUACCUUCAAGUAUACCGAGAGGCCAGUCUAUACAACCUCCAAUGGCUGUCCUAUCGAUAGCCCUGAGGCCUUCCAAAGAGUCGGUAAUAAUGGGCCACUCUUGCUACAAGAUUUUCACAUGAUCGACAUGCUCGCUCAUUUCGACAGAGAGCGUAUUCCAGAGCGUGUUGUCCAUGCAAAAGGCGCUGGAGCUUAUGGAGAAUUUGUUGUUACUCACGAUAUCAGUGACAUCACAUCCAUCGAUAUGCUCAAAACAGUCGGCAAGAAGACGGCUUGCAUAUCGAGAUUCUCUACCGUUGGCGGCGAGAAAGGUUCGCCAGACACAGCACGAGAUCCUCGAGGCUUCUCCAUCAAGUUCUACACAGAAGAAGGAAAUCUGGACUGGGUAUUUAACAAUACUCCCGUAUUCUUCAUUCGCGACCCUGUGAACUUUCCACUGUUCAUCCAUACGCAGAAGAGAAACCCGCAGACAAACCUCAAGGACGCUACGAUGUUCUGGGAUUAUCUAUCUACACACCAGGAGUCUAUACACCAGGUCAUGACACUCUUCAGCGACCGUGGAACGCCAUAUUCCUACCGACACAUGAACGGAUACUCAGGACACACAUUUAAGUGGACGAAAGCAGACGGAACCUUCAAUUACGUUCAGAUCCACUUGAAAACAGAUCAAGGAAUUAAGACCUUUACCAACGCCGAAGCCGGCAGGAUGGCAUCCGAAAACCCAGACUGGAACACCCAAGACCUCUUUGACUCCAUUCAAAAUGGCGACUUCCCUAGCUGGACCGCCUACGUACAAGUCAUGUCUCCAGAACAAGCUGAGACAUUCCGCUGGAAUAUCUUUGAUCUGACGAAAGUAUGGCCACAAAAGGAUGUUCCACUCCGCCCGUUCGGGAAAUUCACAUUAAACAAGAAUGUCGAGAACUACUACGCUGAAAUCGAGCAGGUGGCUUUCUCCCCUUCUCAUGUUGUUCCUGGUAUGCAACCGUCCGCCGACCCUGUCUUGCAAUCGCGCCUCUUCUCAUACCCUGACUCGCAGCGCCAUCGUCUUGGUGUGAAUUACCAACAGAUUCCAGUCAAUGCUCCGCUGCGAGCAUUUAAUCCUUACCAGCGUGAUGGUUCCAUGGCAGUCAAUGGCAACUAUGGAGCCAAUCCCAACUACCCAUCCUCUUAUCGUGGCAUCACAUACCAACACGUCAAGCCGACGAACGAGCACGAGCAAUGGGCCGGCAAAGCAGUAUCAUUCCUCUCCGAAGUUACUGCAGAUGAUUACGUGCAAGCGAAGGGUCUCUGGGAUGUCCUUGGCCGACAGGAAGGACAACAGGAUAAUUUUGUGGGCAAUGUGGCGGGCCAUUUGAGUGCAGCAAGAGAGGACACUAGGAGACGGACCUAUGAGAUGUUUGGCAGGGUUGAUGACAUGCUUGGGAGAAGAAUUGCAGAGGAGACAGAGAAGUUAACUCCUCCUGCUGGAAGUCAAGCUGCUGGCUCAGCUCAGCCUAGGAUCUGA